AUGUCAACAGAUGGUGACUCCCUUAACAUUGAUGUCUACAACAAAGGUAUUUUUUUUUCUCUUAACCCCGUCGUUUACUUCCAUCCUCAAAAAGUAUAUGUUACGGGGUUAGAUUUAUGUAACAUGAAUUUCAAGGAGUUCAAGACCUACCUCCGAAAAUUGAUCAACAAUAGAUGUUGGGAUGUGUAUUACUGUCUUAGAAAUCAGUUCCUCUUAGAUGGGUUGAAGGAGCUCAGGGAUGAAGAUGAUUACGUAAGGCUCCUUGAUGUUGGGUUUAAUGAUGACAAUAAUCAAAUCAGCAUCUACAUUGAUGACUAUCACAAGCCCAUACUGGAUUGGAUUGAAGAAGAGAAAAGCUGA